UGCACCACUUUGUACACUCAUGAAUCUUUCUGCAGAGACACACUCUAUUCCUCUCAGUGAUGGCAACUAUAUUCCAUUGCUGGGAUUGGGAACCUACGGGGAUCCUCGAACUACACGCAAAGGCACAGCCCUUGAAUGUGUCAAGCUGGCCAUAGAUGUAGGUUACAGGCACUUUGAUGGGGCACUGGUGUAUUUCAAUGAGAGUGAAGUGGGCCAAGCCAUUAGAGAGAAGAUUGCAGAUGGAACUGUAAGAAGAAAGGACAUCUUUUACUGCGGGAAGCUCUGGAAUACAUUCCACACACCAGAGUUGGUCAGACCUGCAUUGGAAAGGACACUGAAAGCCUUAAAACUUGACUAUGUGGAUCUGUACAUUGUGGAGCUUCCAAUGGCCUUCAAGCCUGGGAAGGAGUUUUAUCCCAAAGACCAGGAUGGAAAACACAUCUACCAUCACACAGACCUCUGUGCAACAUGGGAGGCUUUGGAGGCUUGUAAAGAUGCUGGGCUGGUUAAAUCUCUGGGGGUUUCAAAUUUCAACCGUAGGCAGCUGGAGCUUCUACUGAAUAAACCUGGCCUCAAACACAGACCUGUGUCCAAUCAGGUUGAAUGCCAUCCAUAUUUCACGCAACCUAAGCUUCUGGAGUACUGUCGUCAGGAGGACAUUGUGAUUGUUGGUUAUUGCCCUCUUGGCUCCUCCAGAGAUUCUUCCUGGGUGAAUUUGAAGAGUCCUCCUCUGUUGGAGGAUGAGCUGCUUGUGUCCAUUGGCAAAAAGUACAAUAAGAGUAGCGCUCAGGUGGCUCUGCGCUUUAAUGUCCAAAGAGGAGUGGUGGUGAUUCCAAAGAGCUUCAACCCAGAGAGGAUCAAACAUAACUUCCAGAUAUUUGAUUUUUCACUCACGGAGGAUGAAAUGAAAGCCAUUGAAGGACUGAAUAAAAAUAUUCGCUUUGUGGAGCUGCUGAUGUGGAGCGAUCAUCCAGAAUACCCCUUUAAUGAAGAAUACUAAGCUUCUCAGGGGGUUAUAACAUGAACCAUUUUUAAGUUUAAAUAAAUAAAUAUAAACCAAAA